GAACAAAAUAUCCAGCCUGAUCCAGCCGCUCAAGCUCAGGGUAGAAGGAAGGAAUGUUGCACUUUUGGCUUUUCAAUCUGCUUGAAUCCACAGCAUUCGCAUGGGAGGUAGCGCUUGAUGAAUGCAUAGACGGUGCAGGGACACGUUGAAAGUCACCUGACAGGUUGCUCCAGCUGGGAGGAGUCAUCAGCUCAAAGAAUGGGUUCUCGCAGCAAGGACACGACAGUGAUCCUUCUCGAUGUGAGCACAUCGAUGCACCCGCACCUCCAAGAAACGAUCCGCUGCUUACAAGGUUAUCUCCAACAAAAGUUCCUUUCUGCGAGUGGUCAGAAGGAUGAAGUGGGGCUUGUCCUGUUUGGCUGCGACUAUACGGACAACGACCUGAAUGAGCAGAUGGGAGGAUACGAGGGGGUGAUUGUGGCGAACCCCAUCCAGCCAGUCAACUUGAACUUUGUGAAGCAGCUGGACACUCUCCCCAAAGGAGAUGGAACAGCUGACUUCCUCGAUGCGGUGGUGGUUGGGUUGGGCCUCCUUAUUGAGCGAGCGGGCGACAAAAAGCUUGCUGGCAAAAAGCGCCUGUGGCUACUCACGAAUCUCGAGUCCCCAGUGAAAGAGCCGGCUGAAGGGACGAUUGAGGAACAAGCAGCCACAAUUGCAGGCACAAUGGUCGAGAAGGAGAUCAGGUUAGAAGUCACGCGCAUCCACUUCAAGCAAGAGGUGCAGACAUCAACGAGCAUCCAAAACGAGAUUCUUCUUCGAAGGUUUGUUGGCGAAACCCACGGCCAGAUACAGACGGUGUCAAGCGCACUAGCUCUAAGCGGCACACUGGCGACAGCAACACCAGCCAAAGCCCCAACAACGACCUACAGAGGGCCCUUGGAGGUCACGCCGAAUUUGAAAAUCAACAUCUGGUGCUACAAGAAGACGGUCGAGGCGAAGCUCCCGUCGCUCAAGGGCUACUCGGACCGCGCCCCCGCGAGCGACCCCACCGCCCAGCACGAGAUGGAGCGCAUCACGGCGUAUAAGAGCACGGCGGAUCCUGACAGAGAGGUGCCCCCGGCAGAGCAUACGAAGGCGUACCGCUAUGGCCCGCAAUUCAUUCCGGUGGAUCAGCACGUAGAGGAGGGGCUGAAGUUUCGAGCGGACAAGGGGGUCAAGGUCAUCGGGUUUACGCACUCCAAGCACGUCCCCAGGCACCUAUUCAUGAAGGACAGCAACGUGUUCAUCGCCGAGCCGACCAACGAGACGGCGGCCGUGUCCUUCUCGGCGCUCGUGCGUGCCAUGCACCAGACCCACCGGGUCGCCAUCUUGCGAUGCGUGUACCGCGCCAACCAAGGCAGCGUGGCGCUGUCCGUGGGGACGCCCUGCCCCGCGGAGGAGGACCACCUCCCGGACUCGCUGAUCGUGAACCAGCUCCCGUUCGCGGAGGACGUCCGGGAGUACCCGUUUCUGGCGCUGGCUGACCAGCCCGAGAGCAAGCAGCCCAGCCUUGAGCAAAUGGACCUAGCAGAGCAGCUCGUGCAGAAGCUGGAUCUCGCGCCCGCGGCGGGAGAGGAACUGCUGGCGCCAGAGGCCACGCCCAACCCCACGCUCGAGCGGUUUUACAACUUCCUUCAUAAGCGGGCCGUCGAGCCAGAAGCGGCGCUUCCGCCCAUCACCCCCACUGCCCGCGCUGUCAUCGAGCCGCCGCCCCGACUCCUCGAAGCCGCCACUCCUCUCAUCGAAGACUUCCAGACCAAGUUCAGCCUUACCGUUGCUGCCAUUGAGGACAAGCCGUCCAAGCGCUUCUGGCGCGACCGCCACGCGGGCCAGGACGAGGCCCCCGGCCAGCUGGACAACGGCGCGAGCACGAGCGGCACGGCCGCGGACCCCAUCUCGCUGGACGAUCUCGCGGCGCGGAAAGUGGACGAGGUUGGGACGGUGAACCCGGUGCAGGACUUCAAUUCCAUGAUCGCGCGCACGGACGACCCGAACCUGAUACCCAAGGCCAUCAAGGGCAUGAAGGACGUCAUCGACAACCUGGUGACGCAAGCAUACCAGGGCAACACGUACGACCAAGCGCUGGAGUGCUUACGAGCGUUGCGACGAGGGUGCAUCCUGCAAAGCGAACCACUGGAGUUCAACAGCUACCUAAGAGAAAUAGCAGCCCGAUCAAAGGGGAAGCGGCAGCACGACUUCUGGGAGCGACUGGUCAAGAACCAGCUGACGCUGAUUAACCGGGACGAGGAGCCUGACAGCGACGUCUUACCAGAGGAAGCGCAGAAGUUUUUGACGGAGGCCGAGGCCAAGCCGCCGUCUGCGGUUGAGGAGCCAGAGAAGGAUGAAGAAGUCGACGAGAUGGCUGAACUUCUGGACAUGGCAGAAUAAAAGGUUGUGCUUUCUCACUUGAGAUCAGUGGUUCUAUACCGGCUAUACAAGCUGAAAGAAAUAUUGUCGGAGGGUCGGGCUGCAUGGCAGUCCGAUACAGGAGCAACGGUAGGCCGGUUAUCUGGAAUAAGAGUUACGGACAAAGGUCCAUCAAUAAGUCUGUACAUAUGCGACAUUUGAUACAUAGGUUCUGUUGCGAAGAGACCAGUUUGUCUUAGGUUCUGGUCCAUGCCACCAUGCGAAGCAACUCAUUACCACUGGGCAUGAGCCGCAUCAUAAACAAUCCUGCAGAUCGCGAGGCGAUUCAGCACUGCACGUUGCUCCGAUUACAUAGAUUGUUGAACCUAUGAUGCCGCCAACAGCAUCAUAAAUGGCUCCUGCUGUAAGUUCAAUUGCAGACAUAAUAUAGACAAUCCAAAGACCCAAGUGCAGGAACUGUGCUGAUUAUAUUAGGCACGCAUGGAAAAGGUGAG